AUGGCCCAGUUCAGUCCGUGUGACCAGGCGUCCUCGAGGCGCCAGCGCGCCGGACUGUACAGCUGCCCCAAGUGUUCUCGCACCUACAAGUACUCGGACAGCGUGGCGCGGCACCUCAAGUUCGAGUGCGGGAAGGAAGCCCAGUUCUACUGUGACCGGUGUCCGUUCAAGACCAAGCGGAAGAGCAACCUGAAGGCUCACACGACCAUCAAGCACUUCUUCAAUGACUUAGCGGAUCCUCUCUGCGUCACCACUUCGCACUCGGUCGGUCGCCGGGAGACGAUCUACGGCUGCUGGAUGUUUCCCCUGUCCCGCCUGCGGCAAGGUGUACAAGUACCGAGACAGCCUGACGCGCCACCAACGUCUGGAGUGCGGCAAGUUGCCGCAGUACCCCUGUCCCUACUGUCCCUACAAGGCGAAGCAGAAGAACAACGAGUCUCCUCUGUCCAGGCGGCCCCAACAUUCAGGUGCGACGGGUGCUCCCGGUCCUACAACCAUCGCAAGUCCCUGAGUCGCCACCAGCGACUGGAAUGCGGCAAGGAGGCUCAGUUCUCCUGUCCCUUCUGUCCGUACCGAGCCAAGCAGCCCAACAAUGUUAAACUACACAUGUACAACCAGCAUUCCGACAAAGUGUUGCUGGAUCGUUUGGAUUAA